UAAUACGGCAUACUAGAUAAAAUGGCAUAUCAUGUGUAUUGUGGAAACUAAAAAGAAAAUUUAAACUUGGCGCCAAUAACUAUAACGAAUUUUUGUUUGCGUGAAGAUGUAUCCAACAGUCAUGGCUGUGAUCGGUGUUGGAAGCAGGUGACAUGUGAUUCUUUUCUCGAAGUAUGGGAAAUAAUUAUAUUCGUAAAACAAACCGACAGAAAUGGUCUGAGGCCGACAUGCUUCAAGCUAUAGAUGCGGUGCGAGCUAAACGCAUGGGAUGGCUUAAAGCCACUAAAAUGUACAAUGUCCCAUUUGGGACUUUAAGACGCCGGGUAAAUAAUAUGAAUAAACGUGUUAAAGGUACCCAAAAAGGAAUGGGAACGAGCACGACAAUACCACUUGAAGCUGAGCAAGAAAUUGUUAAUCAUAUUCUUGAUUUAGAAUCAAGAUUAUUUGGUGUUACAGCUCUUGAAUUAAGACAGCUGGCCUUUAAAAUUGCAACUGAGAGAGGCUAUUCUCAUAAAUUUAAUACAGAAAAACAAUUGGCGGGGUGGGACUGGUUAAGCGGGUUUCGCCGAAGACAUCCGGAAAUAUCACUUAGAGCUCCAGAAGCGACGUCAGCAGCAAGAGCCAAAGGUUUUAAUAAAGUCCAGGUGAAGAAAUUUUUUGACUUACUCACUGACACCAUGACUAAUGAAAAUAUUCCUACUAGUAGAAUUUAUAACAUGGAUGAGUCUGCCUUGACAACAGUACAUAAGCCUCCAAGGGUAUUUGCCCGCAAAGGAAAAAAACAAGUAGGCGCUCUUACUAGUGGCGAAAGAGGCCAACAUGUAACAGUAGUGGCUUGUAUGAGUUCUGGUGGUCGUUUUAUUCCUCCAGCAUUAAUAUUUCCAAGGAAAAACUAUAAAGCUGAGUAUUUUGAUGGAUGCCCACCUGAAACGUUAGGAUUGUGUUAUGAAACUGGAUAUAUGGUCUCAGACCUUUUCAGUAAAUGGAUGGAUCAUUUCAUUAACCACGUGAAACCAUCAAAAGAAGAAAAAGUUCUACUAAUCGUGGAUGGACACAGCAGCCACAAAUCGUUAAAUGCUCUUGAAAAAGCCAAGAAACACGGCAUUGUUUUGUUAUGUUUACCAGCUCAUUGUACACAUCGGCUCCAACCGCUAGAUGUCUCAUUUUUUGGCCCUUUGGAAACUUAUUUCAAUGCAGCAUGUGCCCUUUGGAUGAAAAAUCAUGUGGGAAGAACAAUAACUUUAUACCAGAUAAGUGGAUUAUUUUGUGCUGCUUAUUCAAAAUCUGCUACUGUUGAAAAUGCUUUAAGUGGUUUUCGAAGUUCGGGCAUAUCACCAUUAAAUCCAGACAUUUUCCCCGACCAUUUGUACGCACCAAGUGAAGUUACUGACAAUCAAAAUUGGUAUGAUGAAAACACCAACAAAGCUAACUUUACUGUGGAGGAAAAUGUUGACAAUAGUAAUAAUAAUGAGAAAGUAAACAGUGAAAGGGCAGAAAUUAUAGAAAAUGUCGUACUUGAUAAACAAGAAACAGCUAGUAAAAAAAAAGAAAUAGUUGAAAUUAACCAGAAAACUGAUAAAAGUGAUAAUAUAAACCAAGCUAGUUCCUCAUCACUCGAAAAUAAUUAUCAAAUUCACAUUGGAAAAGAUAGGAGUAGUGAGGGCAAGUCUAAUCUCGAUAUUUCCAUAAAAGAGUGUCUAAAUUUACUGUCUCCUAUACCUGUAAUUGAGAAGACGGUUUCUGGAAAAAAAAGCAAAAAACGGCAAUCACAGGGAACUGCAGUUUUAACAAAAAGCCCUUAUAUUGCGGAACUGAAAGAUAAAGAAGCGAAUAAAAUGAAAAAAACGUUGAGAGCGUCAGCUAGAAUAAUCAAACAUAAACUGUUCCAACCUACGUGUGAUACAAGUAGUGAAGAAAAUGAUCAUUGGGAAGAUUUCGAAGACGAUGAAGAUGAUGCGUGUUGUCUUUAUUGCAAUGAUAGUUACAAGAGAUCUAGAGCCGGUGAGAAGUGGAUAAGGUGCAUUAGCUGCAAAAAAUGGUCCCAUGUCGAAUGCUCAGGAGUUAGUCCCAAAACGAAGCAGUUUAUCUGCGAAAUUUGCGAAGAAUGA